AUGCGGAGUUAUUGGAAAUGGGUGGUGAGUGGCUUGCGGGAAAGAAGCUUCAAGUACGCGACGUCAACCUCACUAAAGCUGAAGGCUUGCUAUUCCCCGACUGCGGAUUACGCGCAGCUUCAUUAUCAUCAGCCCCAUCACGGCCAUAGAAAGUUGCCCGUGAUGGGACAUUUUAUGCCAGUGCACGUUGCUGUUGGGAUGAUAGUGCUGUCUACAGGGCUGGGAAUCCACGCUGCCAUGCAACACCUGCUGCGCGCCCCAGACGUGCGCGUCAGUAAGAAGAGGAGAGAGAUGAUUCCAGAGGUGGUGGAGCCUGACCACGUGAUAGAGGAGGCCGUUAAAUUCAUCAGGAAAUCCUUCUUCAGGAAGGUGGCCCAUGUGCAGGAGUUCAAUAAUCCCGAGAAGCAGGUGAUUCCUGAUCCCAUCCAUAAAGAUGCUUACGCCUACCGCCCCCGCGCUGAGACUCUCAAGUCCGUUGGGAUCGAUCCCAGGCAGAUAUAAACCCGUCUGUUUCCACGCUUUCUUUUGUUAUUUGUUUUCUUAAGAAUAUUUUUAGACGAUCAAUCUCCUAGUAUAUAUCAGGUAAGCUAUGCUGGUUGUAUAGUAAUUUUUAUGAUAUUAAUGGUGUAUUCAUUUUUAAAAAA